UCUAGAUACUGGAAUUGUGUAGCAGUCCGUGGGUCCGUUCACCGUUUGUCGAAAGUACAAAUGGACGACGUCCGCAACUGAAACUGUUAAUUUGUGCCGGACCGUCAACCUAAACGUACACACGAGACACGCGAAAAUGAAACCUUUCUUCAUAAUUUCUCUGUUCCUUCUGGGUACUUGUACGGUGAAUGCCGAGAAAAAGAUCAGCUUGGAGGACAUAGAACGUGACAAUCUCCGCAACGAAAACCGCCCAGCACCACCAUCGACAGCAGUUAAAUCACCAACACAAUACGGCUUCGUACCCACCAAAACGAUACACGAUUACGCUCAAAAGGGCCCCAAAAAUCAAUACGUCCAACCCCAAUAUGUACCAACACAACAAUACACUGAGGCCCAAUAUGUACCCACACAACAGUACUACACCACUCAGUACCAACCCCAAACCGACCAAUAUCAACAGUACGAAAAUGUGCAGUACGUAACGGACAACAGCAUCGCCCAAAAGCCCCAACAGUACGUCUACUUGCAACAGUACCCCUCACCAAGCAGUUCGGUACAACACAUCGUCGACACCAAAGGGCAGUUGCAGUACAUCAUGUACAUCCCGUCUUACGUAGCCGACCAGUCCCAAACCUACGAAAACGUCGUGUACCAACCACAACAAACGCAACAGGAGGAAGCAGUACAGUACACCGUUCCGGAAUACACCCAGCAAAAGCAAGUCGAAGUUGCAGUACAACCUAAAAUCCAGUACCAAGGGUCGAACACUCAGUACGUGCAGCCACGCGAGCCUAAGAGCUUGUUGGAUUCUUACGUGCCCUCGAUUCUACAGAUCCAGUACUACAAACAGCAGCAACAAGGUUUGACUAAUUCCUUGGCGCAGCAAAGGAAGGUUUCGCAGCCGGUGACCGGGAAAACCGACUACGUUAAGAGCUACAGAGCCCAAAACAGCUACAGGCAACACAGAUCCAGAUCUUAAAAUGUGCUUGGGGUCGUUUUUUUUUUAAUAUUUUAUGUAAAUAGUUGAUUAUUGUUAUUGGAAUUACGCCAAGGAGUUAUUCUAUAUUAGCUUUGGCCAGUUGCUCUGUUAUUAUGUACUUUAAUAUUUAUUUUUUUAGAAACUUUUUUAUUUUUUUAUAAAUAAAGGAACUACUAAGG